CAGAGACCGAGGCGCGCUCAGUUGGUGGAAGUGCUUCAGCCGGAGCGGUUGCUAGACGAACCAAACGCAGACGUGUUUUAGCUAUUCUAUAGAAACGUGGCCCGUGCGCUUGGCCACCUUUAAAGAAAUACCUUGGCGCAUCGGUUGAAUUAUUUCCAAAUUAACAAGUGUAAGGUGUCAACAAAAAAAAAAACUAAACUGAUUGAAAGCAAAAUUAUAUCGAGUAUAUUAAAUAUAUAUACACAAACAUAAAUCUACGAUGCAAGCGUGUAGAAAAAAAAGAGCUCCGGGCGGCGGCACGGCAUCAAUUUUGUGGAGCAAAUUCUUGGUGUUCAGCCUCUGCGGAUUAUUUUUACUUGGCAUUCAAAUUGAGCGUGCGGCGUCUGCGCCUGCAGGCGAGGAUGAUGCUGCAGCCAUGCCCACAACCCUGAUGCCACCACUGGAUAUAAGCACUGAAGUUGAUUCAACAACAGCAACAACAACCACUACAACAACAACAACAGUAGCUGCAGCAACAACAGUUGGCGUAGAACAAAGUAGCGAGUCCAUUGCGACUGCGACUGCGACUUCGACUUCGACCAUGUUGGAUAGUUCAACGACUUUGGGAGCCAACAAAUUGAACGCGAGCGAAGCUGAAAUGACAACCAUACUGCCUGCAGUUGACAUCAGCAGCACCUCCAGCAGCAGCAGCAGCACUGCUCAGGAUGAAACCACUCUGCGCUCGACGAGCAUUGAGCCGAUUACCUCCACAGAGCCAACGACUACGCCGCGUGCUGAGAUCGUACAUCCGUCGGAGCUGGGAGCGACGCACAUUCAGCAUAUUCCCUUGAGGGACGAGCAUGCUGAGAGCGUAGGAGGCGAUGCCACCACAGAGCAGCAGCAGCAGCAGGAGGAGCAGGAGCAGGAUCACCAGAAUGAGCUCCUACUUAAUCAGAUCUCCAAUGAGAGCGAUGAUGAUGCCAAGGACUUGCAUAAUUUUCGACAUCCGGCAACGCUCAUAACGGCCAGCAACAGCGAUGAGAAUGUGUCCGGCAUCAGUGAGAAUGAAAGUGAGAGCGACAAGUCCGCACUCACAACAACAACAACAACAACCACGACGACGCCAACGUCGACAACAACAACAACUGCCGCGCCAACAACAACGACAACAACAAGUGAGUCCGAAGAUCCCUAUCAUGUGCAUAUACUGUCCGAGAAUCAUGAUCGCCUGGCCGAGCACGAAGAUUAUCAAAUGCUGUCGAGCAGCACCGAAGAGGGCGAGCCAGCGACAACAACUGCAACAGCAGCAGCAGCAGCAGCAGCGACAACACCAACAACAACAACAACAACGACAACGACAACCGAGUCGAGCAUUGGCAUUAUUGUCAGUAUGGAGAACAAGGCAACGGCACAGCCAUCAACUGAGACGACAUCCACAUCCCGAGCACGCGCCAUGAAUAUGAAUGAGCCAGAGAGUCAGCAACCGACUGAGACACCAGUCGAGGCACAGACAGCGGCUGAGGCAGAGGCAGCGGCGGAGGCAGAGGGCACCACACUCAUGCCGCGAUUCGAAGUGGAUGCGGCUCCAGUGAUUAACAUUGUUGAAGGACAGCAUAUGCUUGGAGUGCAGCACCCAGCCGAGGACGAAACAAGCAGCAGCAGCAGCAGCACUACAGCCCCAGCAACAACAACAACAACGACGACCACAACUGAUACGCCAUUUGUUGCAUUCGCUGGCGAGGGUCGCUCGGCAGGUGGUGGCGACGACUUUGAGCUACUGUUCCAUCACAAUACCAGCAUGCAUCAGGCUCUUAUGGAUCUCAGCGACGUCAGCAUGGACGAUGAGCGCAUUGAGCCAAUUACAAAUACAACCUCAACAACAACAACAACAACCACAACAUCGACUACAGCUCAGCCCGAAACGGAAGUGCCGAAAAUUGUGGAGAUCACAGCCAGCGGAGAUACCAUGCAGCGUGAGUGCAUGGCCAGCAAUGUGAGCUAUAAGCAUGGCGAGAGCAUGGAACGGGACUGCGAUGAGCGCUGCACCUGCAACCGCGGCGAGUGGAUAUGCGAGCCUCGUUGCAAGGGUUCCAGCUAUCCGCGCGGCAGCCAACGCACCAUGGCGAAUCCGCACUGUCACGAGCGCAUUGUGGAGGAGGACGAAUGCUGUCGGACGAUGGAGUGUGUGGAGCCACUGCUAGAGCCCAGUGUAGCCACCGCCGACCUGGCUGGCAUGCCAGUUGUUGUUGCUGCCGAGCAGAAUGAAGAAGGCACGCCCAAGCCACGCAGCGACUGCCACUACGAGGGCGGCAUCUACAAGUUCCGCGAGCGCCUGGAGAUUGGAUGCGCACAGAUCUGCCACUGCGAUGAGGGAGGCAUCAUGAACUGUCGGCCACGUUGCCCGGAGCGCAAUCAUACGCGCGCCGACAAGUGUGUCUAUGUCAAGGAUCCGAAGGACGUCUGCUGUCAGCUGGAGCUGUGCGAUGUUACCCUGGACGAUCACGAGCAACAGCAGCCGCUGUCACCCACGUUGCAUGGCGGUCUGAACAGCAUUGGAGAUGAGCACGAGCAGGAGCGCAGCUUUGGCUUGGAGGAGCAGGCACGCGAUGCUGGCGGUGCCACGCCCCAAUGCAGCUUCAAGGGCGUACAUUAUGAUCUGGGACAGCAGUUCCGCGACGGCUGUGAGCAGCUCUGCAUCUGCAAUGAGCAGGGCGUGCACUGCGCCAAGGUGGAGUGCCCCUCCACCUUCGGCCUGGACGUGCUCAAUCCACUGUGCAUACGCUGGGAGCCGGUGCCGGCGGACUUUAAGCCAGUGGCGCCGCACUGCUGUCCAGAGAGCAUGCGCUGUGUAGACAACGGCACCUGCACCUAUCAAGGCAUGGAGUUUGAGAACUGGGCACCCAUUCCGACCAACCUGACGGGUUGCGAGAAGCACUGCUACUGCGAGAACGGCAAGGUGGAGUGCCGUCCGGCAUGUCCACCCGUGUUGGCCCUGCCACCCGCUGACCUGCCUUGCCAUCCGGCUCAGGCGCGUCUGCUGCCCAUACCCGACGACGAGUGCUGCAAGCACUGGGCCUGCGCUCCGCUGGCACCGAAGCUCGGUGCCGCUGGGCAGGAGGAGGAGACUCAGCAAGAUCAGCAAAAGCAACCGACCACCCAGCCCUCAAUGACACCUGAAACAACAUCAACAUCGACAACAACGACAACGACAGCAACAACAACUAACAAAGUGUGGCCUGAGAAGCCAACGGAUGUUGAGCAUGAGAAGAAAUCUCAACUGGCCGCCUUCUAUCCCACACUGGACGGCAAGCCGCCAAAGACAGCUGCUGGUGUCUUUGAGAAACAUGACAAACACCACAAGAAGGUCCAGCAACAGCAACAGCAACAGCAACAGCAACAGCAACAGCAGCAACACGAGCAGCAGCAGCAGCAACAGCAACAGCAAAAUGACAUUAAGUACGAUGUGCAUGAGGAUCCGCAGGAAGACGUUGUGAACAAUGGAGCACCAUUGGCACCAGGAGGCGGCUAUGUGCCACUGCAGCUGGGCGGACACUAUAACGACUAUCAACAGCAGCAACAGCAUCAGCAACAGCUGGGACCCUAUGGCUUCUACAAUCCGGCAAAGCCUGCCUAUGAUGCGUACAAUCCCUACGAGCCAUACGACAUUAAUCCGAACGGCAUACCACAGGGCAAGCCGCCGCCGGUACCGACUAGUCAAUCGGAUCUGUUCAAUAUUCUGGGUGCUGAACAGCCUGGUCAUCCGGGUCAGACAUUGCCCCAGAAGGACAACCACAAUCUGCCUUCACAUGUGAGAAUCGAGCAAAUAUUGCAGCACUUGCAGCAAAGCGUGCCAGGCGGACCAGGAUCCACACCUCAGCAGCCGCAACAACAGCAGCAGCAGCAGCAACAACAAAGACCUCUGCCUCCUCAUUAUGUGCCCAUAGUGCACAGUGGGGUGCCACCACCGCCGCCGCCCCAUGGCAUUGCUAUAGUCGAUGGCCAGCCCGUGGCCUAUGAGAGCUAUCCCUUGAUACCCGGUUUGGGCGUGCCACCAGCAUUGCAACAUCCCCAGCAGCAACAUCCCCAACAGCAACAUUCCCAACAGCAACAUCAACAACAACAGCAGCUAAAGCAACAACACGAAUCAUUGCAGCAAUUGCCUAGCAUUGCGCCCAGCUCUAGCACCAGCUCUGGUCUGUCCACACAGGCCAGCGAGCACAGCCUGCAUCACAGUCCGAGCCAGAGCCAGAGCCAGAGUCAGAGCCAGGGCCCGGACAAGGUGCCCACGCAACAAGCAGGCUUCAACAACCUGCAGCCCGAUAUCGAAGUGCACACUCUGGAGGCCAUCGAUCCACGAACCAUUCGCAUUGUGUUCACGGUGCCCCAGGUCUAUGUGAAUCUCCAUGGACGCGUGGAGCUGCGCUACACCAAUGGACCGAGCAACGAUACGUCUAGCUGGGAGCAGCAGAUAUUUGCACCGCCCGAAGAUCUGAUUGCCACUUCACAAAUGGAGUUCGAUUUGCCUGGCCUAGAGCCCAACUCGUUGUACAAGGUGAAGAUUACGCUGAUUCUGCGCGAUCUCAACUCGCAGCCCACGAGCAGAGUCUUCACGGUUAAGAUGCCAGCUGAGAGGACGAUAACGCCGCCGCCACAGAUCUCUGACUACAGACCAGACUUCCAGGACAUAUUCAAGACCGUGGAGGAUCCCGAGCUGAAUGUGAGCGAAACGAACGCCACCUGGCUUCAGCUGACCUGGAAGAAACUGGGCGACGACCAGAUGGAGUAUGUCGAUGGAGUCCAGCUGCGCUACAAGGAGCUAACGGGCAUGAUCUAUUCUUCCUCGCCUUUGAUACACCGCACCCUCACCAGCUACACCAUACAGAAUCUGCAGCCGGAUACGGGCUACGAAAUCGGACUCUACUACAUUCCAUUCGCCGGCCAUGGGGCCGAGCUACUGGCCGGACAUAUGAUCAAGGUGCGCACAGCACCCAAAACGGAUGUCUAUGGCUUCGAUGUGAUGGUCAAUGUCACCAAGGUGAAGUCGCAGAGCGUGGAAAUUUCCUGGAAUGGUGUACCCUACCCGGAGGACAAGUUCGUGCAUAUCUAUCGCGCCAUCUAUCAGAGCGAUGCCGGCAAGGAGGAUUCGAGCGUCUUCAAGGUAGCCAAGCGGGACAGCACAACAGGCACUCUGAUCAUGGACCUCAAGCCGGGCACCAAAUAUCGCCUCUGGCUGGAGAUGUACCUCACCAAUGGCAACACCAAGAAGAGCAACGUGGUCAACUUCAUAACCAAGCCGGGUGGUCCUGCGACGCCAGGCAAAACAGUCUUGCGUAUUCUUGAAAGGAUCUAUUUGAGUUUUAAGAAUCUGGGCAAAUUAUUGACUGCAGGCGUCUCUGAUCAACCAGUGGGUGAUUAUUACGGUCCACUUGUCGUCGUCUCCGUGAUUGCCGCCCUGGCGAUAAUGUCGACGCUCGCACUGCUGCUGAUCAUAACCAGGAGACGAGUGCAUCAGACGGCAUCGAUAACACCGCCGCGUAAGAGCGAUGCUGCCUACGACAAUCCCUCGUACAAAGUAGAGAUACAGCAGGAGACAAUGAAUCUGUAACGGGUCGUUCAGAUGAGAGAGGCAAUACUCAACGCACCCAAAACUAGCUUAGAACAAUGUUCUUGUAAAUACUUCAAAAAACUCAAAACUCAGUGUCAGUAAAAGAAAGAAAAGAUUAUGAUGAUAUGAAUAUGAUUUUCCAUUCCCCGGCGCAGGAUCUAAAGGAUGUCCACACACUAAAAUGGCCGCCAUGUUGUAUGUAGUGUUUAAGAGCUCUUUUAAAUGAACUAAAAACAUUUUUCGUUGUUAAACAAUUGUAACUUGUGUAUAUAGAGAAAUAGAAGAGAAUAACGGAAAACUGAGAACCGAAUAAUGAAAUCGGAAAACUGACAAAGUCCAAGAAACCAAUUGGCCUCGCCUGGGGCGUGCGAAAUGUUUGUGUUUACGCAAAUUCUUCUAGCGAUUUCUAAAUGCCUAGUUAGUUUAACUUGUAAAUUUUAGCUUUACAUACGUACAUAUACCAUAAUUUAAGAACGAACACCAGCAGUUCUUCAAGUAACAGUCCAUAAAUAUUUAAAUAUUAGCUUGUAAACGUACAGAGAUAUGCAAACUUAUGAAUAAAUAAAAUAUUACAAAUUA